AUGGCAGAAAUUGAUUUAGAGAAAACUAAAACCCUCGAUGACUUUGAAAGUCAGGAAAUAACUAUCCAUGAAGAACCUAAUGAGUUAUCAGAUAAACUAGGCGAUGCCCAUUUGAACAUAUUGCCUACUAAGAAAUUACUAGUAUGUCUAGGAGCAUUAUCACUUGGUCUUUUUGCAUCAUUUGCUGAUCAGACAAGUAUAACUAUUGCAUUACCACGAAUAGGUCAGGACUUGAAUGCCGAAACGACUAUUAACUGGGCAUCUACUGCUUCACUUAUGGCGAACUGUGUGUGUCAAGUAUUGUUUGGUAGAUUUGCAGACAUUUUCGGAAGAAAACAGGUAUUGCUAGCCUCAUUGGGGAUCCUUGCUAUUGCUGAUCUUGCAUGUGGGUUUGCUCAAACUGGAAUUCAAUUCUUCAUAUUCAGAGCAUUCACUGGUAUAGGUGGAGGAGGGAUACAGUCGUUAACAAUGGUGAUGGUUAGUGACAUUUGCACCCUUAAACAAAGAGGGAAAUACCAAGGUAUUUUAGGUGCGCAAGUUGGUUUGGGUAAUGCCAUAGGUCCUUUCCUCAUGUCUGCAUUUAUUGAAAAGAACAACUGGAGAAACUUUUAUCAUAUGAUGACACCCUUUAUCGUCUUUAUCAUGGCCAUUAUUUGGUAUCUUAUUGAUACCCGAGAAAAUACCAAGAAUUUGAAUGAUGUUUUGAGCAGAAGAGAAAAGUUUAAAAAUAUUGAUUAUUUGGGGGUAUUUUUUAGCACAGCAAGUUUAAUAUUGUUACUUAUUCCAAUAAGUGGUGGGGGAUCUACAUAUGCUUGGGACAGUACUAUUGUCAUAGUAAUGUUUGUCAUCGGUGGUAUUUGUCUCAUUGUUUUCCUUAUUGUUGAAUGGAAAACCACCAAAUUACCUAUGAUCCCACUUGCAUUAUUUUCAAGACUUUCCCUUAGUUUAAUCUUGGGAUCUAAUUUUUUUUACGGAAUGGCCUAUUAUGGAUUCACAUAUUAUAUUGGAUAUUACUACCAAAUUGUUCGUGGGAAGGACUCAAUUCAUGCUUCUAUUUUAAUGUUGCCAUUGGUGCUUCCAAUGUCAAUUUCAUCUACCAUUGGUGGUGUCUUGAUUAGUUAUUUGGGACAUUAUAAGUACAUCAUUAUUGCUGGUUACUCAGUAUGGACUCUCUCAUGUGGGUUAACAUUACUAUUCGAUGUUGAUACAAGCUAUGGUGUAAUAGUUGUUAUUCUUUUAGUCAUGGGUUGUGGGGUUGGUUGGACCUUUCAGCCUACCAUGGUUGCAGCUCAAAGUCAAGCCAAGAAAUCGGAAAGAGCCGUUGUCAUUAGUGCUAGAAAUGUUCUUCGUUCCUUUGGGGGUUCAGUAGGAAUUGCCGUGGCAUCUUUGAUUGUUAGUAACACUUUGUUGAAACAGGUAAACCAACAACUUAACCAGGAACCAUUAUUACUACCAAAAAGUUACUUAGUGUACCUUAAGUCUCACAUUUACUCGGUUAUUGAUACAUCAGAAUUAACUUCCGAACAGAUUCUUAUUGUCAAGCACAUGUACAUGAAAUCGAUCCGAAAUUUCUUCUACUUGACAAUUCCAUUAAUUGCUCUUUGUCUUGUUAGUACUUUCUUUGUUAAGGAUAAAGGUCUUCAAUGUAUUGAUGAAGUGCCAGUGGAUACCAGCAAGAAAGAAGAUUUGGAAACAAAGCAUUGA